CAGCCACACCACACCAUCCUCUCUUCUUUUUUCUUCUUUUCCUCCUCUCUCUCAACUAAAAAUCUGGUUAGACAAUGGAAGGCGAAGUCGACGCUUGGAUCGAACAGCUCAGCCAGUGCAAGCAGCUCUCAGAGGCAGAUGUCAAACGACUAUGUGACAAGGCACGAGAAAUCUUGAUGGAGGAAUCCAACGUUCAACCAGUGCGAUGUCCGGUGACUGUCUGUGGUGAUAUCCACGGCCAAUUCCACGAUCUCUCAGAGCUCUUCCGCAUCGGCGGCAACUCGCCAGACACCAACUACCUGUUCAUGGGCGACUACGUCGACCGUGGCUACUACUCUGUCGAGACGGUGACCCUCUUGGUCGCCCUCAAACUCCGGUAUCGCGAUCGUGUCACCAUCCUGCGCGGGAACCACGAGUCCAGGCAGAUCACCCAAGUCUACGGCUUCUACGAUGAAUGCUUGCGAAAAUACGGCAAUGCCAAUGUUUGGAGGUUCUUCACAGACCUGUUCGAUUUCCUCCCUUUGACCGCUCUCAUCGACAACCAAAUAUUCUGUUUGCAUGGUGGCUUGUCACCGUCCAUCGACACCUUGGACCACGUCCGAUCCAUCGACCGAGUGCAAGAAGUGCCCCACGAAGGCCCCAUGUGCGACCUCCUCUGGUCCGACCCCGACGAUCGCUGCGGAUGGGGCAUCUCACCCCGUGGCGCAGGCUACACCUUUGGCCAGGACAUCUCAGAAGCCUUCAACCACAACAACGGCCUCACAUUAGUCGCACGGGCCCAUCAGCUCGUUAUGGAAGGUUACAGCUGGGGUCAAGAUAGAAACGUAGUGACGAUCUUUAGCGCGCCCAACUACUGUUAUCGAUGCGGUAAUCAAGCUGCUAUAAUGGAGAUAGAUGAAAAGUUAUCUUACAGCUUCCUACAAUUCGAUCCUGCCCCGCGGGCCGGGGAGCCUCUCGUGUCACGCCGUGUCCCCGAUUACUUCCUGUGAUGUGUAUAAUAUAACCUACAAGCCACUUAUACCGUGUACAAUCAAUGAUCCUCGUCCCUCCUCCGUCUCUUCUUUCGCAAUGACAGUUCUCUUUUCCAACA